AAACCUCAAUAUCCCAAUGGUAAACUAGGAUGCAGUUCAAAUUUUUUUGCAUCAGAGCAGAGGACACAUAUAGAGAUAGAGACAGAAAUACUUUAUGUAUUCCCUUAGAGAAAUUCAGGUAUACAGCAGCUCAAAUCUUACAAUUAAGAACUAAAAAGGGAAACAAUUUGCAAAAGAACAGUGUAAAGUGUAAAUCGUUCCGGUAGAAGAGGUCAAGAGGAGGUCGUUGACCACACAUAGUAUCACUUUGGAACAGGGUAAAUCUGGACUCAUCAGGUCACAUGACCUUCUUCCAUUGCUCCUCCGGAGUCCAAUCUUUGUGCUACCUAGCAAACUGAAGCCUUCUUUUUUCUGAUUAGCCUCACUGAUCAGUUGUUUUCUUAGAGCUACAGCUGUUUAGUCCCAAUCCUUUGAGUUCCCUUCACAUUGUGCGUGUGGAAAUGCUCUUAUUUUCACUAUUAAACAUAGCCGUGAGCGCUACUGUUGAUUUCCUACGAUCAUCUAAGAAUUUGUUCUGUCAAAAUUGGUUCCUCAAAGACGAUGGUUCACCACUAUCCUUCAGGUUUGAAUAAUGCAUUGAGCUGUUCUUAUCCCGAUUUUAGUAGUUUUAGCAAUCUCCUUAUUUGUUUUCUUUGCUUGAUGCAGGCCAAUAAUUUGACCCUUCUGAGACAGAUUAACAUCCUUUCCAUGACCACAGGAUGUCUUCCAACAUGGUUGUUUAAGAAAUGAGAAGCUCCUCACUGCACCAGCUAGUGUUAAACAAGUUGAUGCAGCUGAAAUGUAUUCAUCACUGCAUUAAUUAUCCCACGGAAAGCUCUUAUCUAUUUGCUUAGUUAAAUCCAAGUGGCAACUUUUUUCUGGACAUACAGUGUAUAUGCCUGGUAUAUUGUCUCUGUGACCUUUUUAUUAUUAUAGCUUCACUUUUUUUGCCCUAUUGUACUCUUGUAAUUCUUAUGCUUCUUUCUGCCUUAUCUGUAUCUAUCUGCUGAAACAACUAAAUUUCCCUCACAAGGGAUCAAUAAAGUUUUAUCUUAUCUUAUCAAUAGCUUUGAUAUGCUUGAAUUUACCUUUGUCAGCUUGUGGAGCAAUGCUGUAUUGAAUAAUCUCUUUAUUUGCUGCAAAUUCUCUACUGACAUAAACUUGUUUUUGACAUUUUUUUUUUGGCUGCAGUACUCCUUCUAGCUAUCCUUUCUGUUGUCUAAAAAGAACAGCCUUUUGGUAAAUAUGGAAUAUGAUUUAACAGGUUUUUAGUCAGUAAUCUCCAAAACACUUUAGCUCAUGCCCAUUAUCAACCAUAAGGCCUAAUAUAGACAUCAAACAAAAUCAUACAUUACCCUAAUAUUUGUGCUUCUGGGUAUCCUUCCUUAUCCCCUUUCUCUUUCUGUUAACUAAAUACUGUAGUGCCCUAACAUCUCUAUAGUUUAAUAAACCUGUUCCUGAUCAAAUUGUCAUGUACCAUGUGACUACUGGGAGUUAAUUUAGGUGAAGUAGGACUUCUGUCGAGCUCCUCCAUCACCUGUCACAGCCAGCUACCAUGUGGCCCUCUAGAGCACUUCACCGUUACUGUGUUUCCAAGCCCACCAGCUAAAUUAAGGGCAAGUCUGAAGCAGCACCGAGUAAGAUUCACAGCUAUGACAGAGAGUGCAUCAUAAAUGUUCUUCUAAUGAAGGGCUGGUGGGAACAGCUGAUGCAUCUGCCAAAUGACUUAGACGAGAUGGGCGUAGUACUGUCCAGAGCGAAUAACAGUUGCAGAGCGGCCUCCGGAGAGCCUGUCAACACAUUCCAAACAGUGAGCAGCAUCUCUGACAGGGAAUUCAAUAGCACUGACAGCGACCAUUCCUCCAUCAUACCUAUCCGGAACAAAGUUGUGUGUGAGCCAGAGGAGGUGCUAGUUCCUGCUCUUCCAGAAACAGCUUGUGUAGAACGAGGCUACAUCACUCCACAGCAAGUGUACAACCUGCUGAGUGCUGAGGAAGGCCAGCCCGCCUUGUAUGAUCCGUACUAUAUCCUCAUCCUGGACUGCCGCAGUGCAGAGAGGUACAGGGACAGCCAUGUAGUGACGGCGCGGGCUGCUGUGACGGUGAUCCACCCUGAGCUGGGCUGUCUCAUCAGCUGUAUAGAGCUGCAGAAGUAUUCUAUAAUACUGCUAUAUGCUGAAGAAGGAUGCAGUCCAGUGGGCAGUGUAAAGGCCAGGGCAGACUCCCCAGACCUCCAGCGCUGUUUUUUCCAGCUCAGUGGUUUAGGAAUGGACCCUGUGAUCCUUCUGGGUGGAUUCUACGCCUUCCAUGCCCUCUACCCUUUCCUCUGCACACCGCAUAUGGUCCUGGUUGAACCUGAGCGGCACACCCUCACCAUCUACCCCUCAGAGAUCCUGGAAGGAGCUCUCUACCAGGGCUCUGCCUCCCAGGCCUCCGACUACCGCAUCAUCAAGAACCUGCACAUCACACAUGUGGUCAACGCCACUGCCAACAGCCCCGACGCUUUCCCCAACACGCUGUGCUACCUGAGGCUGCGUCUCAGCGACGACGCCCAGCAGGACCUGGUGGAGGCUCUACCGCUGGCGUCCAGGUUCAUCAACACAGCUCUGAAGGGUGAUCCUGCAGGCCGCGUCCUGGUCCACUGCAGCAUGGGCAGGAGUCGCAGCUCCGCACUGACACUGGCCUUCCUCAUGGAGCAUCGACAGUGGUCGCUGCUUCACGCCUUGCGCUGGUUGAGGGAAAGGAGGGCAUGCACGGCACCCAAUGUGAACUUCCUAUGCCAGCUGCUGACCUAUGAGGAGCAGCUGUUUGGGAGCAGACUCACUUCCCUGGAUGACAUCCGGCGAUGACUGGAGGAAGAGAAAAAGUGUAUAAUAUUGUUUUUCUACAAUUAAAUGCGUAAAUCAAGCUGACUGAACAAACAAGUGGAUUUUGUACUAUAAAGACUCUCAAAGACUCGAAUGAAGUAUUUCCCCCACAUUAGUAUCACAUGAAGUGUUUCCUGUGCUAUGCCUCAGUAACAAAAGUAAUAAUAUAAUCUCUGUUAUGACAUUUUGCUUGGCGAUAGUUAGAACCUGCACACCAAUAAAGUGUUUUCUUACAUUUUA